UAGCUGGGCCUACCAUUAUGAUUAAUUUGGUCUGCAUUCUUCCUUUUGGCUUAAGCUCUAAAGCAUAUACCAGCCAUAGAUUGUAUGCUAUGUUAUACAUGGCCAGUUACGAUUAACAUGCCUGGUUGUGGUUAUUGACUUGAUUUGACUGUGAGACUGGCUUAAAGGGAGUCUCAAUAUAAGCAGCAGUGGUAUGAGUUAAGAGUAAAUCACGGAUUUGCUUCGCCUUGUAUUCAAACCGUGCGGAAAAAUUCAGCUAGAUUCUCCGACCACCCUGGAUGUUUUUAGAACUGGGACAGAAGCUACCCUGGGAGCCACACUAUAAUGACAAUAUGCAUGAUGCAAAACAGAUGUUGAGAGGUUCUCCUGAAAUUUGAGGAUUAGGAUUGUGGAGGCCAUUCCAUUUUGUUCCCAAGCGGCAUAGAUAAGAGUCCACCUGCUAAAAUGGGGACCAACAUGUCCACCCAAGACCCUAAUGCGGGUAAUGCCAAUCCGGAUUAUUUGAGCGCUUACAAUGAGAACAUUUUCGACCAUCAGUCAUUUAAGGCAAAAACUGAAGAACUGAGAAAAUGUAAUGCCAAAGACAUGAAUCCGGAGGGCCAAAGCUAUGGUUCAUUUACUGUUGAUCCGUUUGUUAAGGGACAUUACACAGGGACGCACUCUGAAGUUUCAAGUGGCCAAUUGGACGACUCCGUGAAACAAAAAAGUUAUGCACCCCCACCACGAUCAUGCGUGCCCCCAGCCCCUCCGUUACCAUCUGAUGGUAUACUAGUGAAAAGACAAUCGAGUUUGAGCCAAAACGAUAAAACAAAAUCAGAUGAAGGAUUGCCUACUUUGGAUGACAAUUGGCCUGCCAUAAUAGAGGGGUUUGAAGCAGUAAUCAAACUAAUAGAGAGUACAAGGGAAGAAUCUGCCUUUAAAAAUAUGUUGGAGCAAAUGGAUUCUAAACUUAAUGGACCAUAUAACACCUUUACUCAUAAGGACGAGCGGAAAAGGAUGGGUGAUUAUCUUGCUACUAAGACAGACUUUGCAAAGGUUAUUUCUCAACUCUAUUUUCAUCUGAUGCUUUCAAAAAAAUAUGUGCAUUAUACCAAACAUUCUACGGAUACACCAAGUGAUAUUGCCCUACUAAUCCUAAGGAAUUUUAUGUGGAAUUUUACGGACAUGUGCAAGGGGCUUGCUAAGAAGUUUGCAGAGACGGGGAUAGUCGAGAGCCUGCUUAGUGACGUGGAGUUCAUGACAGAUCAAGUCCUGCAAAUGGCUCAAAUGGAUCCAAAGCUCAGCAGGAUGGCCAACCAUCCGAUAUUUUCGGCGUUUGGAGUCCUCCACAACUGCGUAAAGGCGCCCAAUGUUAAGAUGAAGUACAGCAAGCACAAUGCCGUCGAUAUCAUUUUUCCCUACUUCAAAUGCAAAAAUGAGGCCAUCAAAGCGACAGCGGUGAUGAUUCUCUCCUAUAUCAUUGACGAAGAAAACAACGACCUCCUCGUCGCCGAUAAGGAGGUGUUCGACUUCACGAUCCUGACCUUGAAGAAAGCGUUGAGCUCGCCAGACAAACGGGCCGAUGGAUUCUCUUCUUAUGAGCUAACAGAGGCCUUGACAGGUAUGGCCAAGAAUGACACCAACAAGUGCCUGAUAGCUGAGCUCGGUGGGCUUAAGCCACUGGUGAGGCUUCUUGAGAUUGGAGAUGAUGACGAGAAAUCUGCUGCUGCGGAAGCGAUAUGGAUGCUGGCUUUUCACGAUGAUAACAAAGACCGGAUGAGGGACGAUCCAAACAUCGUACCAUUGCUCAAGGGUCUCAAGAACAGCCCUAACUGGCGUCUAAGGAAACGCUGUGAAGGAGCAUUGUGGGAAAUAAACGUAAAACGGAAAGACACUACUCCUGUUAGAGUGUCGUCGUCUGACAUUGUUGGUGGAGAAUCAACCGAGAAACAGCCUCACAUCAUGCUGAGUUACGAUUGGUCACAUCAAGACUUAGUUAAAAAGAUCUCUGAUAGCCUCAAAGCCAGUGGUUAUAAGACCUGGAUAGAUGUAGAACAGAUGGAGGGGUCAACGUUACAGGCCAUGGCUGAAGCUGUGGAAGACUCGACCAUUGUCUUAGCUUGUGUAUCAGAGAAAUACAAGGACAGUCCAAACUGUAGAUCAGAGGCUGAAUAUGCCUACCGUAUGAACAAGGAGAUCAUUCCCAUCAUGGUGCAAGCAAACUAUCGUCCCGAUGGCUGGCUCGGUCUACUCAUUGGCACAAAACUCUACUACGAUUUCUCGGGAAAGCAUCCCUUUGAUAAGAAGUUAGCUGAACUGAUAAGGGUUCUUGGCCCGAGGGGUAAACCCGGGGCCCUUCCUGCUGUUCCUGUUGUUGAGAAGAUCACAGCUGAAGAAGCACAACCUGUAAAGUCGUCACCAUUGACGUCUCACGACUCGGAUAUCUCGAAAUGGAAGCCAAGGGACGUCAUGGAUUGGUUGAAUAAAAAUGAUGUAUCUUUCUUGCCAAAGUUGUUAACUAUGCAUGGAAAGCACUUGGUCUUCCUGAAGAAACUGUCAAUCCAAGCCCCGGAAUUCUUCUACAACUAUCUUCAAAGUAACCUUGGACUUGAGGACCUUGAUUCUUUGAUGAAGUUCAGCUGCGCUGUAGAGGAUUUGCCCUGUGGGAGCUGAUAGCAAAUUCGCUUUUGCCGACUGAUUAACCAGUCCAGGGCAUCAUAACGCACACUACAAUGGACUAAAGUACCGAUUCAAUGACAUCAUGACGCAAUGCACUGUCAAAAAAAGUGACGUUACAUCUUUCUGUGAAUGACGCUUUAACGCACGGUGUACAUGGAAAAUGCUUAAAGUCCCGCUGGAUUGAAUCCUAGUGUACAAUUUUAUGCUUGUGUCACGUUAUGCCAGCAUGAUUUUCGAUAUUACAUCAUGUCCCAUACAAACCUUUUAAAUUGCCUGUUAACACAAAGUCAGUGAUGUAGUCAAGUCAUUGAAAACGGCCAAGGUCGCAGUUGACACGGUGACAUAAGCCCUGGUCUUGUUUGACCUGUCGCAGUUGGCAGCAACAGGGUUAAAGCACCACUGAUUUGAAUCCUAGAAAUGGAGUUUUUAUAGCUACACUGUAUUGCAGUGCAAGAGCUGAAACCUACUGUAUUAAAUCCUAGAAAGAGAUUAUUCAAUGUACCACUGUAUUCAAGCCAAGUGAAGGAGUUACUAAAAGCCCCACUGUAAUGAAUCUCUGAAGAGAGGCUUUUAGAAUUCCAUUGUAUUCAGUCCCUGUGUCGAAGCUGUUAAAACAAUUACUGUUAUUAAA